AGCCCUCAGCAAACAUAAAACUGCAUCAGCAACUGAGGGACCUGCCUUGUGCCAUUCCCUGGGGUGAGCAGAGUCGAGAAGGGGCAAUGCCUGAGGUCCGGAUUAGCCCGUGCUGACCCCGCUGUGCUGGCCCAGGCCCCUGCAGGGACACUCCGGCCUCGCUGCCCUGGGAAGAGCACAGAGUGGUCAAGGAUGCCUGCGGAGGGACCGAGCACUCCUGUCUCCACAUAAGCAGUGCCUGAGGGAGAGACAUGUUGGGACAGCGCCCUCCCAGCUGGCACAAUUCUCCCUGCACUGAGACAAGCAGCGCUGACCAUGGCAGUGGCUUGGAGGCUUCUCAUGUGGACUGUCAUCCUCGCUGCGGCCGUGGGCACCUUCCCUGUUUACACCUUCCAGUCACAAGAGGAGUUCCUCUCCAGCCUGGAUCACUAUGAGAUCGCCUUCCCCAUCCAAGUGGACCAAAACGGGGACUUCCUCACCUUUGACAUGCGGAGGCAGCUGAAGCCGCGGCCCCGGCGCAGCCUGGGCUCCCUGGCCUACGAGCCCUCCGAGCAGCAGGUCUUCUACAAAGUCUCUGCCCACAGGACCCAGUUUCUGCUCAACCUGACCCUGCACUCCAACCUGCUGGCUGAGCACUUCACUGUGGAGUACUGGAAGCGGGAUGGCAUGGACUGGCAGCACGACUUCCACGAGGACUGUCACUACGCUGGCCACCUGCAGGACCAGUACCUGAGCUCCAAGGUGGCCAUCAGCAACUGCAACGGGCUGCACGGGGUGAUCGUGGCAGAUGAGGAGGAAUAUUUCAUUGAACCCCUGAGCCCUGGAGCCAACGUCAGCACGGGGGGAGAGGGCAAGGGCAGCCCCCACGUCGUGUACAAGAGAUCAUCUCUCCAGUACCCCCACAUAGACGCAGCCUGUGGAGUGCUAGAUGAGAAGCCCUGGAAGGGGAGGCACUGGUGGCUGAGGACACUGAAACCCUCCCCUCUGAAGCCAGCGGGCAACCACAGCCAGCGGGGGCAGCUGCCCCUCAAGAGAUCCGUGAGCACCGAGCGCUACGUGGAGACCCUGGUGGUGGCCGACAAGAUGAUGGUGGGGUACCACGGCAGGAGGGACAUAGAGCAGUACAUCCUGGCCAUCAUGAAUAUUGUUGCCAAACUUUUCCAGGACUCGAGUCUGGGCAAUAUUGUCAACAUCCUGGUGACCAGGCUAAUUCUCCUCACCGAGGACCAGCCCACACUGGAGAUCAACCAUCAUGCUGGGAAAUCCCUGGACAGCUUCUGCAAGUGGCAGAAAUCCAUAGUGAACAGGAAUGGCAAUGGGAAUGCUAUCCCUGAGAACGGCAUAGCCAACCACGACACUGCAGUGCUGAUCACCAGAUACGACAUUUGCAUCUACAAGAACAAACCCUGUGGCACCCUGGGCCUGGCCCCCGUGGGCGGGAUGUGCGAGCGGGAGCGAAGCUGCAGCAUCAACGAGGACAUCGGCCUGGCCACGGCCUUCACCAUCGCCCACGAGAUUGGCCACACGUUUGGCAUGAACCACGAUGGGGUUGGCAACAGCUGUGGCUCCCGUGGGCAGGAGACAGCCAAGCUCAUGGCUGCUCACAUCACCAUGAAGACCAACCCGUUCGUGUGGUCCACGUGCAGCAGAGAUUACAUCACCAGCUUCCUGGACUCUGGGAUGGGACUGUGCCUGAACAACGCUCCUCCCAAGCAAGACUUUGUGUACCCCACAGUGGCUCCAGGCCAGGCCUACGAUGCAGACGAGCAGUGCCGCUUCCAGUACGGAGUUAAAUCUCGCCAGUGUAAAUACGGGGAAGUCUGCAGUGAGUUAUGGUGCCUGAGUAAGAGCAACCGCUGCAUAACCAACAGCAUCCCUGCUGCUGAGGGGACCAUCUGCCAAACCAACACCAUCGAGAAGGGGUGGUGCUACAAGAGGGAGUGUGUGCCUUUUGGAACCCGACCUGAGGGUGUGGAUGGAGCCUGGGGGUCCUGGUCAUCCUGGGGGGAAUGCAGCAGGACGUGCGGCGGUGGCGUGUCCUCGUCCGUGCGCCACUGCGACAGCCCGCGGCCCACGAUCGGAGGGAAGUACUGCCUGGGAGAGAGGAAGAGGUACCGGUCCUGCAACACCGACGACUGCCCACCCGGCUCCCAGGACUUCCGAGAGCUCCAGUGCGCCGAGUUCGACAACGUCCCCUUCCGAGGAAAGUACUACACCUGGAAAACCUACCGUGGGGGGGGUGUGAAGGCCUGUUCCCUCAACUGCCUGGCCGAGGGCUUCAACUUCUACACGGAGCGGGCGGCGGCCGUGGUGGACGGGACCCCGUGUCGGCAGGACUCUAAUGACAUCUGUGUCAAUGGGGAGUGCAAGCACGUGGGCUGUGACCGUGUCCUGGGCUCAGACUCGAAGGAGGACAAGUGUCGUGUAUGUGGGGGCGACGGCAGCUCCUGUGAGACCAUCGAGGGCGUCUUCAACCAGUCCCUGCCAGAGGGAGGUUAUGAGGAGGUGAUCCAGAUUCCCAAGGGCUCCGUCCACAUCGACAUCCGGGAGCUGAACCUCUCCAUCAACUACCUGGCGCUGAGAGGGGAGAGCGGUGAGUAUUUCCUCAACGGGAGGCUCUCCAUCGAUCCCCCCCGACGCUUUGACAUCGCCGGCACGACAUUCCACUACAGGAGAUCCCCUGAGGAGCCCGAGUCGCUGGAGGCCUUGGGACCCACCAACAUCACCCUCUUUGUCAUGGUCCUGGUGCGGACGGAGCCGCAGGGGAUCCGCUACAAGUUCAACGCACCCGUUGGCAGGGACGGCUCCAACCAGUAUUCCUGGCACUACACCCCAUGGACCAAAUGCUCCGUGCUGUGUGCAGGGGGCAGCCAGAUCCAGUCUGUGGUAUGCAGGAAACUUUCUGAUGGCUCAACUGUCUCCAACCAUUUCUGCAGCCCUGAAAACAAACUGCUGGAGAGGCAGAGGCUGUGCAACACCGAGCCAUGUCCCCCAGCGUGGGUGAUUGGGAACUGGUCCGAGUGCAGCCGGAGCUGCAACGAGGGUGUCCGCACGCGCAGCGUCUUCUGCAAGCGCAAGAUCUCCUCCACCGAGGAGAAGACCUUGGAUGAUGCUUCUUGCUCCCACCCACGGCCAAAGAUGCUGGAGCCCUGUAACAACCAGACGUGCCCUCCAGAGUGGGUGGCCCUGGACUGGUCAGAGUGCACCCCGAACUGCGGCCCCGGCUUCCGCCACCGCAUCGUCCUGUGCAAGAGCGGCGACCACAGCGCGACCCUGCCCACGGCCCAGUGCCACGAGGCCUCCAAGCCCCCCACCAGCAUGAGGUGCAACCUGCGGCGCUGCCCCCCGCCCCGCUGGGUCACCGGCGAGUGGGGAGAGUGCUCGGCCCAGUGUGGCCUCGGCCAGCAGAGAAGAUCCGUCCAGUGCCUGGCCCACACCGGGCAGCCGUCCAGUGAGUGUGUGGAGGCCCUGCAGCCCCCGGGGAUGCAGCAGUGCGAGACCAAGUGCGAGUCGGGACCCACGGACAACCCUGAGGAGUGCAAGGAUGUCAACAAGGUUGCCUACUGCCCGCUCGUCCUGAAGUUCAAGUUCUGCAGCCGGACCUACUUCCGACAGAUGUGCUGUAAAACCUGCCAGGGGCAUUAGGGACACAGCCUGACCCCUGUGGGAAAACUGGAAGGCAAAAGCUAUGCUGGAGGGUCACCGAGCCGGGCCCUUCCUCUCCAACCUGGGAAUCUCCCCUGGCUCCAACACAGACACUGCUCGUGCUUCCAGUGGGAGCCAGCGCCACCCAAACCCCCAAAACCAGCAACCUUCGCCCCCUGAGCUUCACGAUGGCAGGUUCCCAGUUAAACCACUGCAGCUCCCAGCAUGGAUGAGCGGUGGGAGAGUGGGAAUAUGGGCAGGGACAUUACUUGAAGUUCUGAUGUUGUUAUUUAUUAGUCGUGGGCCCAGGUCCUGCCAGUGGGGGAAGCGGCACCACUCACCUCAUCCUGUUCCAUGCCCGCGUCCGAGGGUAUCACAGAGCACCGUGGUCUGCAGUGGGAGCCUGAGCACACCCAGGGGUGCUGCCAUUCCCUCGGGAUCCCAGGGGAGACAGGGAGGAGGGUCUGGGUGCCUCGGGUGACGAGCGUGGCGUGUGGCUCCUGAGGAAGAGCCGCUGUGGGAAGUGGGGUUGGAGCAGGAAUUUUGUUUGCAUCCUGUCACCUUGGGACCUGCAGCAGGGGAGAGGGAGCAGGUCACUCCACGGUGACACCAGUUUAGCUGGGAGAGGGGGGUUUUUCAAACACUCAUAACGACCUACUUUGAUUGGGGUGUCCCCCUAUUUUUCCUGUCACUUUUAUGGCCAUGUCUAUUCCUCGAAGCACGAGUGUGUGCUCAGGGUUACGGUCACUUCAUGGGCAUCAAGGCCAUGCUGGGCUGCAGGGAGCAAAGCAAAGGAGAUACAGGACACGAACUGUCCUGCCACGGUGUCCCCACGGCCCUGACUCAGGACCAGCCUGCAGGUCCUGCCCAGAGAAUGCCAAAGCCUCUGAGGCUGCUUUGCCUCCAAAGGUGCUUUACUUCCAAAGGUGCUUUGCCUCCAAAAGGUGCUUUGCCUCCAAAAGGUGCUUUUCCUCCCAAAGGCAGCCUGGCCAUGUGCCACCGUGGCCUCGGGGUGCCAGUCCCAAUGCCACCCGCUCCUGUGCCCACAGGAGACCUCUGGUGACGGAAAAAGAGCAGGCUUGACAUUCCUCCAGGUCACCUCCUGCCCAAAUCUGGGCCAACACUUGUCUUCUCCAUGCAGAGGAGAUCUGACUUCAAAUCUCCAAAGCACAUUCUUUCUGUUACCAUUAUUGUUGUUAUCACUACAAUUUUCAGGCCUUUCCACAUCCCAAAGAUGGGAAAUCUCAUCCAAAGACGUUUUGUUCCUUUAGGGUCAUCCCUACAGUGCGGGGAGGGGUCAGCCCUCUUUCCCCAGAGCAAACCUCUGCACCCUCCCAGCCUCCCUGUGUUACUCUACCACCUGUAUUUUAGUUUUCACCUGCUCCUCGGCCGAUUCGCAGCUUCUCUGGUGCUCAGCAAACCCUGCCUGGCUGGGGGUCCUCAUUUGUCUUCCUUCCUGGUGCCAUGUUCCGUUCUGACAUUUUGGUGAAGGGAGGGGGGUGUUUUCACCUUUUUAUAUAGAUAUAUAUAUAAUGAAAAAUGUUUAACAUACUAACUCUGAGGAGGAGCGACGUUAACAGCAUGAUUUAUAAUAAAGGAGUAGCUA